AUGAAGUUAACUAAUAAAUCUAAAAAAGACAAUAAUGAAGUUAGAAUAAAAAAAAAGCCACUACAGAACAAACUACAGGCCAUGUAUCACCAUCUUAGCACUAAUUUUCAAACAGGCAAGUCUAAAAAUAAUAACAAAAUUAGUAACAAGAAUUAA